AUGGCCAAAGACCCUUUCUCGACAACAAAGAAAAUUAAAGAAGAGCUUGGCCUUUCCCUCAGUCUUUCGGCUAUCCGAAGAAGACUUCGUGCUGCCGGUCUGAAAAGCCACGUGGCGGCUAGAAAGCCGCUUUUGACUAGUGAACUUCGAAGGAAACGUUUGGACUUCGUGCGUCAGCACGAACGUUGGAGGGCUGAAGACUGGCAGCAGGUCAUCUUCAGUGAUGAAUCGACAUUCACCUCUUACUGGAAUCACAUACAGGGACUCCCCUGGUCCCUUGGAUACAAGUCCAGCCCAGCUGCUGAUGGGCAGGUGGUUACGUUCUACGGUCCCUAUACACCCGAAAAAACUUGUACCAUCAAAAAUGACCUCAUCCUGUGGGGCACAAGAGGUAGUGAUGGCCAAAUAGAAGAAACUCUACAAACAGCAAUCGACAUCGUGGGCAGCUAUCUCUCUACGGUAGGCCUGUCCUGCUCGGUGACCAAAUCGGAAUACAUUGUUAUCAGAUCACAGGGACGCAAAUACAAACAGCUCUCUUUCAAUCUCCAAGAGCAGGGGUUGAAAAUUCCCCAAAGAGAUCACAUCCACAUCUUAAGAUUGCACCUACAGGCCAAUGGUGGCAACUCUACCACUCUUCAGCGAAUCGACGAAUUUGCCAACCAAAUUGGUCGCCUUCUCAAGCGCGUUGCCAACAAGCAUGCAGGCAUGCGCGAAUCCAACCUUCUUCGUCUGGGCCAGGCAUUCGUCUGCACACGCAUCACCUACGUGACUCCCUACCUCCGCCUUACGCACACUGAUCUCGAUCGCCUCGAUUUCGCUUCACUUCGCAAGGCAUACAGGACCACCUUAGAACUCCCAAUUUUCACUUCUACCUCCAAACUUACGGCCUUUGGGGUGUCGAACAUGGUCAAUGAGCUUAUAGAAGCAACCCUUACGGUCCAGUAUCAGCGGCUCUCACUCACGCAUGCGGGACGUGCUGUACUGCACCAAAUUGGACUCAUCCCCACGCGGGCGGCCACGACUUACCAAGAUGUACCGACAGAUCAACGACUCAGUCUUCGUAUUCAUCCGAUCCCCAAGCACAUGCACCCUGAACAUCAUGCGGAUCGUAGGGCUGACCUAGCGCGCCAACUACAGAAACGUCUCUCAAAUCGUUCCGAUGUCACGUACACAGACGCCUCUCGACACCCACAUCGAUCAACAAUGGUGGCUGUCACCCUGGCCCCACAUCGUGGGUGGAGCACGGCAUGUAGUGUAAUUCACUCCACAUAUAUAACAGUUGCCCAAGAGGUUCCCAUUGCUUUGGCAAUGACCGACCCAAUAACCAAGGUGAUCGUAAGUGAUUCUCUACUCGCCAUCCGAAAUUUCGACGUGGGUCGUAUCUCUGCACAGGCAUACUCAAUCAUAAAGCAUCACACCACGCCUGUCUCACCUCGUUUUCUUAUCUGGGCCCCAGCUCAUGAAUUCCUUAGUAGAAAUGCGCAGGCACACACUCUCGCCCGAGAUCUCAACGGCCGGGCGGAGUUCCUUACAACUUACACUUCUCAUUCAUCGUCCUCCCAGGCCUGCGAAGAAUUAACUCCUUUGGUAACUUACACAGACAUUCUACAGCACUACCGACUAGGCAGUCUCUGCUAUACUCCAGCUCAUAAAGACCUCCCUCGACGUGAUGCCGUCCAGUGGCGCAAGCUUCAGACAGGUGUCUUUUCCAACCCCUGGCUUUAUGGCAAGGUAUACGCACACCUCGUGACACCACACUGUAAAUACUGCUCACAAUCGGCCAACCUCAUACACAUGGCAUGGACGUGCCCACAGUACGCUGACGCUUUUUACGCAGAAGAUACAUGGGAGUCCCUUCUGCAUAUCACUGACUCGGCACAGCAACGCCUGGUAAUCUCAUGCGCAUUGGAGACCGCAAUGUCCCAAGGGAUCCCCGCUGACCUCCUCUAAGCAGCGUAACCGAUC